AGAGAGAUGAGCAGCGGAGCAGGGAAGGUCGUGUGCGUCACCGGUGCGUCUGGAUACAUUGCUUCAUGGCUCGUUAAGCUUCUUCUCCAGCGCGGCUACACCGUCAAGGCCUCUAUUCGCGACCCAAAUGAUCCAACUAAGACAGAGCACCUGCAUGCGCUUGAUGGAGCCCAAGACAGACUUCAACUUUUCAAAGCAAAUCUGUUGGAAGAAGGUUCUUUUGACUCUGCUGUUGAGGGUUGUGAAGGCGUAUUCCAUACUGCAUCUCCCUUUUAUCAUGAUGUCACAGACCCAAAGGCAGAACUACUUGAACCUGCGGUAAAGGGGACCCUUAAUGUUCUUAAUUCGUGUGCGAAAUCACCAUCAAUCAAACGGGUGGUUUUGACAUCUUCUAUAGCCGCUGUAGCAUAUAAUGGAAAGCCUCGAACUCCUGAUGUAGUAGUUGAUGAGACUUGGUUUACAGAUCCAGAUGUUUGUAAGGAAUCAAAGCUUUGGUACGUGCUUUCAAAGACUUUGGCUGAAGAUGCUGCGUGGAAAUUUGUAAAGGAGAAGGGUAUUGACUUGGUUACAAUUAACCCCGCAAUGGUGAUAGGUCCUCUGUUACAGCCAACUCUUAAUACAAGUGCUGCAGCAGUUUUAAAUGUUAUUAAGGGAGCUCGAACUUUUCCAAAUGCAAGUUUUGGAUGGAUUAACGUUAAAGAUGUUGCCAAUGCACAUAUUCAAGCAUUUGAGAGGCCUACCGCUAGUGGCAGAUAUUGUUUGGUUGAGAGAGUUGCCCACUUCUCAGAAGUUGUGAGAAUUUUACGUGAGCUGUACCCUACUUUGCAACUUCCAGAGAAGUGUGCAGACGACAAGCCUUUUGUGCCAACAUAUCAGGUGUCCAAGGAGAAGGCGAAGAGCUUGGGUGUCGAAUUUAUUCCACUAGAUGUUAGCCUCAAGGAAACAGUUGAAAGUCUGAAGGAAAAGGGUUUUGUCAAUUUCUGAGUCAUUUCAGUACGGUGAAGAUGUUUGAAGUAAAUUCAGUCGCGGUAAAACAUAUUAUCUGCUUCCAGUUUGUGUUUCCGGUUGGUGACUUAAACUCCGGUUUCCCUUUUUCGGUUUAAGACUUGCUGUCCAGCUUGUUGAUUCCUAUAGAUCACCAUUGUGUGUGCAGAAUAAAGAAGAAAUGAACCUUUUGAAUAAAAUCUUGGAAUCGUCUGAGUAAAGUGCGCUCAUGCAACUUUAUCCCCAUUGAUA